UGAGCAGGUCAUCACACAAACAGCCUUGAAAAUGGCGCCGUCGGUGAAAGGGCUCGCGGCCUACAAGAAGAAAGAUGGCACCUUGACCAUUUCUAAGGACCAAAAAUCCAUCCUAUGGCAGCCUGUGGCGCCGGAAAAGGGUCUCGUUAUAAAUGUUGCAGACAUCAGCAAUCUCCAACAGACUCCCGAGUCUGCAGCAAAGGUGAUGCUGAAGAUUUUCGAAAAGUCUUCGGCCGCACCGGAGCCAAUUACUCACCUUUUCCAUUUCAACUCCCCUUUAAACCCACGUGGAGAAGCAAAUGCCGUCAAAGAUCUCUUGACUAACUUGAUUGCUGCUGUCAAAGCAAAUGAUGCAGCUGUCUCUAAGCCGAAUGGCGCUACACCGACGUCAGCAGCCAUGGCUAUCGCCAGUGCUGUGACAUCCAAACCAAACUCCGGGGCACCACGAUGGUAUGACGAUGCUCAGCUCAAGUUAGACAUAGAGCUCCAGCAGUCACUCAUGAAGAAAGAUCCUGCUUUGAAUAGGACGUACAUGGAGUCGAGGCGUACUAAACCAGAUGCCAUUUCAGACUCGCAAUUUAAUUCUCAAUUCUGGUCUACACGAACGGGCAUUCUACGUGCACAUGCUGUUGAGUCCAACCAGAAGCGGGGCGCCUACAAUGUGCUCUCGGCGGUGAAACCACGACAGGACGGUGGCGAACUUAAGUUGAACAUCAGCGCGGAACAGAUCCAGUUGAUAUUCAGUCAGCACCCGCUCGUCAAACGUGUAUAUGAUGAGAAUGUUCCUAAACUCAACGAAUCUGAGUUCUGGUCCAGAUUCUUCUUAAGUCGACUUUUCAAGAAACUCAAGGGAGAACGCAUUAUGGAGACAGACAGUACAGACCCUUGCUUUGAUAAGUAUCUCGAUGCUACCAACGAUGACGGUCUGAGUCAGAGACUUCUUGCAGCACAUAUCCCGAACAUCAUUGACCUCGAGGGGAACGAGGAGAACCAAGGAGGCUCGAAGAGCGGCAAUCGCAAGGACUUCACCAUGCGACCAGGAUCCACAGCCAAAGUGCCCAUAAUCCGCACUCUCAACAGCCUGAGUGAAAAGAUAAUGGCUCAUGUUGCGCCAUCCGAUGUCGACCCCGCAGAUCCAAUCGGAAUGGAUGAAGAAACCUUCAACUCACUUGCCUUGCGAGACCUCCAGGGCGACCCGGAAGAGCAUAGGAUUAUGCUCAAUAUCAAGGAGCAAAGUAGGUUCUUCUCGAAUGCGAAGUCUGCCGUUUCCGCGGAGGCAGCGUUAUAUGCCAAGCAAGUACCUUCAGAAGUCUUGUUUGGUCUGCAGACAGAUCUUGACCCAACGAUGAUGGAAAGCGAUGGUGCCGGUGGUCUAGAUUUGCGCGCCGCUAUCGGUGUCUUGGAAGAUAGUGACAGCGAGGAUGAGGAGGAGAAAGUUGGCCAUGUGGGGAGCAAGGCUAGCAUUGCAGAUGCUCAGAAGCAUAUAUUAGAGGGCAUUGCUGCUCGACGCUUGGAACUUGAUGGCUCAAAUACUCAGUCGUCUCUGUCAGGAUUGUCGCAAAAACUAUUCGACAGAUUGACUCUAACUCAGGCAACUACUACCGAGUUCCUUCAUCACUUUUGGCUCGUCUUCCUGUCUGGUGAUCCAGAUCGAGCGGGUGAGCUUGCGAAAAUGGUUGAGACGCUGGAAAGGGCUCUCGACAGAAUCAAUGCUGUGGCUGCUGAUGCAGAGAAGGAAAGAGAAGAAACCAUAAAAAGGCAGAAGCAGCACAUCAAAGAUGUGUAUACAACGACAGGAAAGAAACUCCAGUGGAGUUCUAGUUCUGUUGGUGGUGGGGAGAAAGUUGUAAGAGAAAUGAUGGAGCCUACGAUCAAGACGCUGGCGAAAGCAUCAAGGGAAUACAGAAAAGCAUUGGUUGCCGAAGGCGUGGAUGUUUCUUGA